AUGAAGAGUCAGAGGAAUAGGGAGAGGAAGAAGAGGCCAUGUACGGCUCCUAAAGUCAUCUCCUUCUCCUUCGACGUUGGAAACGGACUUGUGGAGUUGACGGUGCAUUCGGACACGCCCCUCAAUGACGACCAAUGGCAUCGUGUGAUGGCCGAGCGAAACGUGAAGCAGGCCGUGCUUCAGCUGGAUGAAACGUACCGGGCCUCUCAGCUCGCUCCGGCUCAGGGACACACACGCCUAGAGCUGUUCAGCCAGCUCUACGUUGGAAAACCAGCAUCGCUCACCUGCCAAGACAGUGCCGCAGGGGGUCAGCGGGGGUUUCUGGGAUGUAUCCGAGCUCUCCGGAUGAACGGCAUCACUUUGGACCUGGAAGAAAGGGCGAAGGUCACGCCCGGGGUCAAACCAGGAUGCCAAGGCCACUGCACCAGCUUUGGGAUGUACUGCCGUAACGGAGGGAAGUGUGUGGAGAAGUACAACGGAUACUUGUGUGACUGCAGCGACUCCGCCUACGACGGCCCGUUCUGCACCAGAGAUGUCGGGGGUUUCUUUGAGGCGGGGACUCUGGUAAAGUACAACUUCCUGCCCGAAGCAGUGGCAGGAGCCAGCAGAGACUCAAAGAUCCUGACGCACCAGCUGACGCCGCAUGAAGUGAAUCUGACAAAGGAGGAGGUGGCCUUUAGUUUCAGCACAUCCAACGCUCCUGCUAUUCUGAUGUACGUCAGCUCCAAGACGCAGGACUAUCUGGCUGUGGUUUUAAGGCAGAAUGGUUCUCUCCAGGUGCGCUAUAACCUGGGAGGCCUCAGGGAGCCCUUUUCUAUCGAUGUGGACCAGCGUAACCUUGCCAACGGACAGCCGCACAGCAUCAACAUGUCCCGGGUCGACAGGAGCAUCACCAUCCAG